AUGUUCAACAAGGAGCAGUCGGCCGGCCCGCCAUCGGACGCCUAUGCAAUGUACACGACGCCGUCGUCCACGGGCGUGCAGCAGCCGAGCGAGAUGGACAUUUUGCACCCAGGAGGCCGAGCGUCCAACGACCUACUGGAACGGGCCCCCAUGUCUUCGGACCAGACGGACAACUUUGAAGACAAUGUGAUCUCCGUACAUGGCUACAUGCACAAACAAGGCAAGCGCACGAUCAAGGGCCCGAUGCACAAGAGCUGGAAACGCCGCUACUUUGCACUGGAGAAGGCCAAGAUCUACUACUUCCACUCCCAUCUCGAGUGUCGGCAGUACUUUACCACUCGGAACACGGACCUCGUCGUGGGUGCAAUUGAGCUCAAGGACGCGCUGCAACUGCGUCCCUGCGCUCGGUUGGAUCUUCCGCACAAGGGCUUUGAGGUGCACACAAAGCGCCGCGUUUGGGUGCUUUGCCCUGAGACAGAGGAAGAGUACCGGCUCUGGUUCGAAGGGGUUGAAGCGGCGAUUGUGGCCUGCGGCUCGGGCAACAUUAUUGAGCGGAAGCUCCCGAACGUCCGCAAGUACUACAUGAAGGGCAUCACCACGUACCGCAUCCUGUACUUUCUCUUUAUGAUCCUGAGUCUCGUCGAGAUCUUUGGGCUGGUCUUCUGGUUCGUCGUGGGCAUCCAGCCUUGCGACUUGAGCAAUCGGACGCUAGCUUGUGAAGACGUGUACGUCAACACCCCUGACGAGCUCGACUGUCUCGCUGAUCCCAUGAGCGGGUGGUUCACGCCGCCUGACUGGUACUUGUCAUUGGCAGGUGUAGACGACGUCGCGUGCUUUCACAACCCGUCGAUUGCUCAAUGGGUGUCAUUCUUUGCUCUCAUUGUUGCCGAGCUCGUCUCCAUUGUGCUUGGUGCAUUGUACUACCUCGGCAUGUGGAAACCCGUGCGCCGUGGUGCUCACUACUUUGACGAGUUCGAUCCCAAGGUGCCCGACGAUCUGUGGCCGAAGAUUGAUGUGCUGUUGUGUCAUUACUCGGAACCGGCUGAGGAGACGAUUGACACCCUCAUGGCGUGUAUGAAUUUGCAGUACCCGCCGCACCUGUUGCAGAUUUACGUGCUGGACGACGGCUACUGCCGCACGAAGUGGACGAAGGGCAAUCCGGUUCCCGCCAUUGAGCUGAACAAGGUGAUUCUCGAAAAGUCUGGUGAUCUUCGCCAGGAAGUUGCCCAGUUCAUGUACGACCGUGUGUGCGACCCGAAUGAGGACAUGGAAGUGUACGCAUGGCGCAAGCUGCACUCAUCGGCGAACUUGCCAUCGGCAGCUCAACCGAGGGUGGUGAACCGCGCAGACUGUGCCGUAGGUUCGUUCCGUGAUGACUACCGCUACCCCGAUCUACCACACGUGACGUUUGUGGGCCGCGUGAAGCCGGAAGAGCACUUUUCCAAGGCAGGCAACAUCAACAACUGUUUGUACAACGAAGGUGCAAACGGUCGCUAUGUGCUGCUACUCGACACGGAUACGCAGCCACAUCCGAAGUUUAUACUGGCUACACUUCCGUUCUUCUUCGACGAUGAAGAUCGCCAGUCUAGAAAUAAGUACUCGUGCUCGUGCUCGGGCUGCCAAAACGUGGCAAAAAUGUGCUGCGCUUCGUGCAAAAUCGCAGGCGUUCCUGAGGAGCGCAUUAGCUACUGCUCGAAGGAAUGCUUCGAAAACGCGAUGCACGUCCAAAGCGACUUGCAUCGCCGUCAAGUGAACGGCACGUUGAGUGACACGCGUGCUACGAAGAGAGAAUUGCGCUGUGUGAAUUGCGACUCGAAACUGGGCAAGAGCGGUGUUUGCCGCAAAUGUAACACGAACAACAACAACGGCGACACAGACAUGUCGAUUUUGCACUCGUACUCGGACGAUGUGCGCGACAACGCCGUCGGGUUCGUCCAGACUCCGCAGUACUUUCGCGACUGUGUUCAACUGCAGAUUGGCGACCCGCUCGGCCACCGUAACUCGGCUUUUUACGAUGCCAUUCAGACUGGGCAAGACGGAUACGACUGUGCUUCAUUUGCUGGUACCAAUGCCUUGAUUCGUCGAGAAGCUUUGGAUUCGAUUGGCGGCAUUCAGUACGGUACGCUAACGGAGGACUGUUACACUGGUGAGCGUCUCGUGUCCAUGGGCUGGAAGGCGCUCUACUUUCGCAAGGACUUCGAAGGCGAAGCUCAUGAGCGUGUCCGUCUGGCGGAAGGCUCGAUCCCUGAUUCCGUUGCUGCAGCUAUGGCUCAGCGCAAGCGUUGGGCAAAGGGUAACUUCCAGACGGCUUUGAUGAAGAAGAACAAGAACGUGGCCGAUCCGGAAUGGAAGCGCCCGCACGUGGACAUUCCAAAGUACCGCAAGCCGAACAACUUUAUGCGACGUGUGUUCUACUUGAACUCGACUCUGUACCCGAUCGAGUCGAUUUCAGUGAUUCUUCUGUACUACGUCACGCUCUACUUCUUGUACACGGGAUAUGCCCCGAUUUUCGUGAACGGCCUGCGCGUGCUUGCGGCUUUGGUGCCAAAACUUGUUGUGCAAGGCUUGCUGACGGCUUUGAGUACACGCGGUGUGGAAAACAACGACGUGGUGCGGUCGCAAGAGACAAGGUUCGUGUACGCGUUCACCAACUUUACGGCAAUGCUUGGCGCCAUUGUGUGGAAGAUCACUGGUCGCAAGUCGAAGUGGCUCAAUAGGCACGAUGCUACGCGCGGAUCGCUGGCGGAGCUGCCGAAUGUGCUGGUUUUCUCUGGAGCAGUUUUUGGCAUCGUAUGGGCCAUGGUGCGCUACAUUGUGGCUUAUUACAAUCGCGUGUAUUCGCACGGCGACUCGAUGCUGUGCGCUGCUGUGUUGAUGGGUUUCUACAUUGCGUACAACCUCGGUCCGAGCGUGCGAAUGAGCAUUCAGGAGUACUUUGGCUGGAGCUACCAGAGUUUGAUGGAUCAAGGCAACUUUAUGGGUUCGAUCUCCAUCGCUGUGGGCCUCAUGUUCAUUGCGCUGUGGGUGCACGUGGAGAAGCCCGUGGCCGGCUAG